CAGGGACAGGUAACAGCCAUGGCCAAAAAUACCACUUUGUUGCUUCAGAAAUUGCGUGGAUUUAUGCAAAGUACUAAGUAUGGAGGUCCAAUACAAGCCUAUAUCAUCCCGUCAUGUGAUUCUCAUCAGAAUGAAUACAUAGCAGAAUGUGACUGCAGGCGACCAUUCAUUACUGGCUUUACUGGAUCAAGUGGUUCUGCUAUUGUGACAGAGCGUGAAGCAGCAAUGUGGACUGAUGGUAGAUACUUUCUACAGGCAGCCAAACAAAUGGAUGAAAAUUGGACACUCAUGAAACUUGGUAUGCCUAAGACUCCAACUCAGGAAAAUUGGCUGACAGAGGUUUUGCCUCCAGGAUCCAAAGUUGGAGUUGAUCCAUUUCUCUUCAGAUUUGAAUCUUGGAAGUCCUUUUCAAGCACCUUAGAGACAGCUGGUCACUCGCUUGUACCCGUCCAACCAAACUUAGUUGAUCUAGUCUGGGGUGAAGACAGGCCACCUCCACCACAGGCAGAGGUCAAAGUUCAUAGUCUUCGCUAUGCAGGUCAAAGUUCUGCAGACAAAGUGGCUCAGCUAAGGAGCAAGAUGGGAGAGGUCCAUGUCCAGAAUUUGAUCCUGACUGCUCUUGAUGAAAUAGCAUGGUUGUUUAACCUACGUGGUUCAGAUAUCGUGUACAACCCUGUGUUCUUCGCAUAUGCUGUGCUUACCCAAGAUGAUGUGCAUUUGUUUGUAGAUGAGAGUAAGCUCGAAUCAGGAGUACAAAGUCAUAUCAACCAGGGAAUAGAAGUCACUCUACAUCCAUACAAUGAUAUCCAACAGUUUAUAGCAGACAUGUUUGCUGACAAUGGGGCCAAGACAUGGAUCAGUCCCAACUCAAGCUAUGCAUUAACAAACCUUGUUCCAAAGCAACAUCAGUACAUUCAUAACAGCCCCAUAUGGCAAAGCAAAGCAAUAAAGAAUGAUGUAGAAAUAGAGGGUAUGCGACAAGCACAUAUACGAGAUGCUGUAGCCCUUUGUGAAUACUUCAACUGGCUGGAACAUGAGAUCCCUAAAGGUUACCUGAAUGAAGUGACAGGUGCUGAUAAGCUUGAAAGUCUUAGAAGUGAGCAAGAAGAUUAUGUGUCACUAAGUUUUUCUACCAUCUCUUCCAUGGGACCUAAUGGUGCUGUUAUUCACUAUAAACCUGAACUACCCACUGCCCUUCCCCUCAACACACAAGAGAUCUACCUCUGUGACUCGGGUGGACAGUAUAGAGAUGGGACAACUGAUGUUACAAGAACAUUUCAUUUUGGAACUCCUACUCAACAUCAGAAGGAAUGUUUCACAAGAGUUUUAAAAGGUGUCAUCUCCUUAGCAACAGCAGUCUUCCCAGAAGGAACACGAGGAGUUUUGCUGGACUCGUUUGCCAGACAGCAUCUAUGGGAGAUAGGCCUGGACUACAUGCACGGAACAGGACAUGGAAUAGGAUCAUAUCUUAAUGUCCAUGAACCUCCGCAUCUCAUAAGCUACAAGGUCGCACCGGGGACUGAGGCACCACUUGAAGCUGGCAUCUUCAUGUCAGAUGAACCUGGCUAUUAUGAAGAUGGAUCGUUUGGUAUCAGAAUAGAGAACAUUGUGGUAGUUGUCCCAGCUAAUACAAAGCAUUCUUUCAAUGGCAAGAAAUUUCUGACUUUUGAAACGGUAACCCUUGUACCAAUUCAACUCAAAAUGAUUGAUCCGUCGCUGCUGACAGAAAAAGAGAUAAAGUGGGUGAAUGACUAUCACAGCCGUUGCCAAGAGAUUGUUGGGGCAGAACUGGGAAGACAAGGUCGAGAAGAAGCGCUGAAAUGGUUAAUGAGAGAAACCCAACAGAUUGGGUGAAGAUGAACCCUUAUAUAUCUAGAGGAUUUUGCAAGAAACUCUGCUGCUGCAGUCAAUUGCAAAUUUCGAAUGUCAAUAUGUAAAUAAUAGAUCAUGUUUAAAAAUUCAGCAAAUCUAUUGAUACAUUCUAUUGAAAGAAACAGACCAGGGGCCUGUUUCAUAAAAGUUAUUAUGAUAGUAACUCUGUCAUCCAGUGGUUACUGCCAUGGUAAUCAGCCAAUCAGCUUCAAGGAUUUCAGGGAAGUUUCUACUGGAUGACUAUGUUACUAUAAAAGUAACUUUUAUGCAACAGGACCCAGCAAUCAAUUUUAAAAUUUGCAAUUGAUUGCAAUAUUAAUAAGCGAUUUUAGGACCUUGAAUUGACCUGUGACUGGUUGCAAGUUCCUUGCAAUGUCUUGAUAGUAUCAUAGGAGAAAUACUAUAAGCCUUUUUUGCCUUAGCUUAGUCUUAUAUAGUGAUUUGUACUUACACUAGGAUGCCACUUUUCAACCUAAUUUCAUCCAAAGGAAAUAUCACUUUUUGUACCAAAGUGCCCAUUGUAAAUGAUUUUCAUUCAUGUGGCAUGCCUGCUUAGAAGCGAUAUUGUCCGUAAGCUGUACAUAAAUCUCAAAAUGGAGUUAAAGAAACAUAUUCUUGCAUGUGAUGCUACAAUACAGAAUGCAAUGGGUAAGUUGCAAUGGUUUAUGACAUUUAUAUCGCUCUUCUCUGCCUCCUCACUGAUGAAAUAGUAUUAUGGCCUAUUUAUAACAUAUCGUAUAGUGAAUAAAAUCACUAAAACUGUUAAAAGCUAUUUAAAUCCUUGCAUAUUAAUCUUAUGGCAAGUUCGUCGACAAAAUCAUGCAUUUGUCUAUGUGAUGCAUAUAUGAAAUGGGACCGGGGUAUGAAUGAUAUUCAUACAUGAAUUUAUUUU